UUUCUUUUUGCUGAGAAGAUUUUUUUGCGUGAAUGCAGAUCAGAAAUUUUGUAUCCAAUUUAGUUGAGUCAGCAUUUGCUGUACUUGACGCAUACAUACUUGAGUCUAAUAUAUGAUAAGCAUCACAUUUCCAGACAUGUGUCAUUUCUCUUUCAGGAUAUACUGUAUAUAGGAGACAGUAUCUGAGAAAAAAAGAACUUGGGUGCCGUGCCGAGGUCCACAAAUUCGUGUAAUGCAGUUCCGCUCUCUCCUGUUAACCCUAAAAAUCAAACCUUCCCAGGUUAAAUACAGUACCUCAGUAUAAUUUGUUUAACCCUCUCUGAAUUACCUGAUAGAAACAAUGUGUUGAAUACUGUAAUGCCUCCCUAACUUGAAGGCUUUCCCUCUCAAACCACAAUUACUAAAAUUUUCUGGAGUGCUUUUGCCAUUAUUUUAUUGACACAGGAGUGACAUGACAGAGAAAAGCUAUGAAAAUGUAACUUGAUGUGAUUUUGAAGGAAGUGACAGACUGAUAUUGGGUAACUACUUGCCUCCAUCAGCAAGUUCAGAACCUAGCUGUCAUCUAAUUUAUAAUGUAACCUGAAGUCCAGAAUAUCACUGAUUACAAUUCCCUGUAAUUCUUCUGAUUUCCCCAACAAAAAUGUCUGUUUCGCACUCACUAGAAAUUUUCCUAAAACAGUAAUAUUCUGCUGGUCCCUUGAAAUUUGACUGAAAGAUAUGGACUAUAGAUUUUCUAGUACUGUACCUGUAUACAGCAGGUGGACUCUCUACAACAACAAAAUUUAAGGGAACAAAAAAACUUCGGUGUAGCAAUGAUUUAAUUAUAGGGCACCCUACAACAUUGGGGGGGGGGGGGGACACUGGGUCCAGAAAUAAAAAUCUUGGUGUAAACUGUACAGAGAAUAUUGCUGUGUAGACAGGAUCAUUGUUGAGAGAGUCCAUCCCUGUCAAUGGUUAUGCACGGUCAUUCAAGGGAAGUUUAUUUGCCCAUCACUUCACUAGAUGUCGGCUUUAGUUCGUUUUGAGAGUGAAGAUGGAUAGAUGGAAUUAGCAGUAAGAUGUAGCUGUUCCAGCAGCUCCGGAUUCGGAAUAAUCUGGGAACACGAUAAUCCUAAUGUGAUGUGAGUUGCUUUCGUUCACGCGAUCGAAGUCAAUUAUGGGCAAUUCAUCGAGCGGUGGACUAAAAGAUCACAUCGCGAAUGCUCAGAAAACCGGUAUUCUUCAGCUUGCCCAGCGUAAGCUGACGAAUGUCCCGCCGGAAGUUUUAGAGCUUUCGGCGAAUUUGAAGACUCUGGAUCUUUCACAGAACAAAUUGAAAGAUAUUCCGCCACAAUUUGGCUCAUUGAAAACUUUGCGAAAUUUGAAUGUGUCGGAGAACAAGUUAGAGAGUCUACCGGACGAAUUGGGUAGCUUGAUCAAGCUGGAAUCGUUGAUGGCUUCGAAAAAUCAUCUGAAGUCACUUCCGAAUUCGCUUUCGAAUUGGAAAGCUCUGCGAAAACUCAUUUUAAGUGAUAACGUAUUGAACGAAUUCCCAGAAUUCGUCUGUCAGUUACCGAAUUUGGAUAUUGUCGACCUUUCCGGAAACAGCAUUAAUUCCAUUCCGGAUUGUGCCGGAACUUUGUCAACGACUGAAUUGAAUCUGAACCGAAAUCAGGUCUCCUCCAUUUCGCCUCUGUUGGCGAAGUCCGCACGCCUUAAAAGUCUCCGACUUGAAGAAAAUUGUUUGUCAUUGUCAGCGAUCCCUAUCGAAUUACUGAAAAAUUCAAAUGUCAGUUUGAUGGCUGUGGAAGGGAACCUUUUCGCCAUGAAAGAGUUCAUUGAAAUUGACGGUUAUGACGAGUACAUGGAGCGGUUCACUGCAACAAAGAAGAAAUUUGGCACCUGAGACGUUCUGAACCAAGAAUCGGUGGAUUCGUUGCCGUGCAAGGGAGGUGUCGUGGGAUGAGCAGAAAUCAAUCGGUAAAGAUAUAAUCGUGCCCGUUGAGUUGCCUCUUUGUUGCAGAUUCAUCGCUGAACAGUGCGUGAAUGUUAAGAAUCCUUAAUUGUUUUGGAUAAUCGCUCGCAAAACGAUAUGAUAGGUUUUCUAAACACGCUGAUCAUUCCAGUUUCAUCGAGUGCGAGUCACACCUAAAGCUGCUAUUGCAGAAGAAAACGUAUUCAGUUCGUCGAAAGCUCGUUGAAAUACUUAAGCCUACACUGGGAAAGGUCAUUGCAGGAUUACAUGAUUGGAAACUAUUUUUCCUUUACUUUUCGUGAUCGAACAUUUUCUAUGCGAUGUGCUAUGAUUGUGUUGGUACUUCGUAGUGCAUAUGGAGUUGGAUACGAUUGUGGAAGAAAUAAUUUUGAUGUCUUGUUCCUGUGUGUUGAGAUGGCUCGUGUACAUCUUUUAUGGAUGUUCUCGACUGAGUGUUCUUUCUAUUUUUGUAUUUCCAGGCUACUUUCGUGAACCGUAUUCCGGAAUGUGUGUCGAUGACUUCGAAGGAGAUGAGUUAUAACAGUGGGGGUUAUGGCCGAGGUGGCGGCGGCGGAGGAGGAGGAUAUGGCCGUGGAGGCGGCGGCGGGGGAUAUGGCCGUGGUGGCGGCGGC